AUGUUCUUCGCACUCAGACUCGAGCUUGACGAGCUUUUGGCUAAGUGGCGUGGAGAGCGAACACUAUUGGAGAUGUUUGAUUUCGUUUUUAAUCAGAAUGGUUACACUUGCGCAGAGAUGUUUCAUUCAUGUUUUGCUGCAUCUAAGGCACUGAAUUGCUGCAGGAUAUUUGAACCAACUUAUGUGAUGAUGAAAGGAAGAUGCUAUCGCCUAGUCGACAACUACUAUCAACGAGACGUUGAUGAAAGAGAUAAACUGACCUUGUUCUUUCAUAGAAUUCGUGGGAAUCUUCUUGGAAACAACACUAGACCUCAAGUGCUUACGUACAUCAGCGAUUCAUAUCCCGAGAUUGCUGUCUUUCCAAGAAUAUAUUUAAGUCUUAAUGAUUGGAAUCGGAUGCGUCUCACUCAGCGAAAGGUAUCGAUGUUUCCAGGACGCAGUUCCUGUUCAACAUCUCCGCUGAAUCGAGGAAAAUCAACAUGUCUCGUUCAUAGCUGGAUUAAUAGACGUGUCGUACAACCGCUGAACUGCACGCUGCCAGCUUUCAAAACUAUGUUACCGUAUUUGGCAAACCUUCCAGUCUGUCAACCGCUCACUAUAAUUGAAAACUAUCGGAAUAUUGUCUCGACAGAUUUUGACAACUACGGAUGCCUUCCUGCUUGUGAGCGAGUGGAGAAUCACUGGGAGAUUAUGAACACUAUCGACACAAGUAAAUCUCGACAGUAUGGUUUUCGUCUGGAAGCAUCGUUUGAAAAUCUUCAGUACGAAGAUUAUACAGAAAUCCGUCUGACGACCCUCCCAAGAUUCAUCUCCGAACUGGGCGGACAAAGUGGUCUGUUCGUUGGCUGCUCGGUGAUGACAUAUGUGCAAUUUCUGCUCGGCAUCGUCUUGUUCAUCUACAACCGACUCCGACGAUGCUAUCGUAACCAUCUGGUUGUGCCGUUGAGCUUACAACGAUAG